AUGGUCAGAAAAGGUUGGAUUGUGGUCAGAUAUUGGUCAGAAAAGAUUGGAUUAUGGGAAGUCCCAAAAAAUGGGGGCCAAAAAAUUCCCGGGAAAAAAAUUUUAUUAAAAAGCCAGAGUGAUGUGCUUCGAUUCUUACUCCGUGUGAGGACAUGGCAAUAUCGUCAGUUGUCCGCAAUUCACCGUGCCCCCAGGCCAAACAGACCAGACAAGGCCAGACGAUUGGGUUACAGAGCUAAGCAAGGAUACGUCAUUUACCGUGUCCGUGUUCGCCGUGGUGGACGCAAAAGGCCUGUUCCCAAAGGUUGCACAUAUGGAAAGCCCAAGUCUCAUGGUGUGAACCAACUUAAAUUCCAGAGGUCACACAGAUCUGUAGCAGAGGAACGAGCUGGUCGUCGCUGCAGGGCCCUCCGUGUUCUGAACUCCUACUGGGUGGCUGAAGAUGCUACAUACAAAUUUUAUGAAAUCAUUAUGGUAGACCCAUUCCACAAAUGCAUCCGUAGUGAUCCAAAAAUUAACUGGAUUUGCAGACCUGUGAUGAAGCACAGAGAAGUACGUGGUCUCACAUCUGCUGGCAAGUCCUCCCGUGGUCUUGGAAAGGGUCACAAGUUCAACAACUCCAAGGGUGGCUCUGUCCAUGCCAACUGGAAGAAGCACAAUACCCUCAGUCUCCGCAGGAAGCGUUAAAAUUUUCAUUUUCUUUAAUAUUUUUUUCUCUUUUAUUUUGACCAACUGUCGGGACGUCAAUUCUUGGAAUGCCUAUUUAGUUUCAUGUCAAGUGAGAGUUGUAAUUGAAAUAAAAGUGGCUUUUCACAUGUGCAGCAUACAAA